AUGUUCCCAAUUUAUUGGCUUGCGGUGAGUUUGUUAACAUUCGGAUCAAGUUUAGCCCAGAAGAAGAUGUGCUCCAAAAUAUUCUUUCAGAAUGUUAAUGAGGACUUGAUGCCGUGGAUACAGGUCCAGGGAGUCUACGAUCUCUUCUCAGAGAACAACAACUUUCCCGUCUAUCUGAACAAACCGUCUGGUCUGUUCUUUUACUAUGCUGAUGGAAAAGAAGACAAUGUAAAGGUUUUGUUGUUUGGUCAUAAAAUCGGUGAAAUUUAUGGCUUAGCUGCUCAACUGGCUCCUGACUUCGAUCCGACGACUUGGCUCUCUUCUGGAACACUAAACAAGAAUGAUUUGUUCGGUGAUAUCGUGAAGGUAUGGAUGUACUACUCCCCACUUGAUAAAUCUUACAAAAAGAUAGAACGAGGACCUUACAUUAAAGCUAUUUGCGUAGAUGAUGAUUAUUUUCAAUGCGAUUCGGGGAAACUUUACUUCAAUGACACUAUAACCGGAAGUGGAGGUGAAGUUCUGAAUGAUCCUCGAACAGACUAUUUCGCAAAAGUACCUGGAGGAUACAGGUCCGUGAGACCUGUUCUGCGGCAUAGCCGUCAAAAUUGGUAUUUAUAUUACCGCAAUGGCUAUUGGAUGGUUGGAAGCAGUUAUUCAAGUCCAAACGGCGAUUAUUUUCGCGUUCGAGACUUGGCACUGAGACCGGAAUACAUCACACAUGACUGGGAAUAUUUGAGUGGAUCGGAAUGGACUACGGUUAGUGGACUAAGGAUCAAAUGUCGUGGAAUCGCCAAUGGUGUGAACAAGUGCCAUGGAGCCUCAAGAUGUACGAACAGGGGUACUUGUGUUUACACUACAGGCAACGAGACUGUUUGUCUUUGUGAGGAUAGCGCCUACGGGGCAGCUUGUGAAAGCCGCCAACUGUGCUCCGAUCCUGGGGUUCCAGAUUCGUCGGUCUCCGUCGCGUAUACAGGAAAGCGUCCGGGAGAUAUCGCGACUUCGUUUUGCGUGACAGGGUACAUAUCCUCACCUACGGAGUUUUACAUCUGCGAACAAGAUAAAGGACGCAAAAGUUGGAUGCUAGAAUCUCAGCAAACAUGUCGUCCGCCAAGCCCCGUGACUGUUAAUCCGGAAACCAAUGCGCCGAAAACAGUACCCCCGAGACCGUAUCCCACGGAAAUUACUAUCUCUCCCGAUGGUGAAGACACACCGGAGCGUUCGGAGGGGUUUAUGAUAUUUGUCAUUGCCUUCUUUGCCUGUCACGUUCUUUGUCCCGUUUUUAUAUGGUUGGCUAUAAUUUUGACUACGUUUGCGCGCUGUUGUUCACGUACCCAAGUAGGAACCCCUGAGCGCUCGAAAGCUGUAGGAAAGAUCAUGGACACUCGUUAUAUGUUAAUGGUGCGCACUUUUUCCGCCUUUUUCAACUUCGCUUUCUGGGUGUGGUUUUGCUCUGUCUGUGUUUGCCUGUCUACACAUGAAGAAGGUAGUGCCUAUUCCCCACUCUUCUACUGGGCAGUGGCAAUGUGUGGUUUUUGUGCACUUUUUGUGGCAAUUGAAGCGUUCUUUUCCGUGGAGAGAAAAGGCUUGAGUCGCAUUAUCACAUGGGAAUAUAUUCAGUCCCUUCACAGAACACCUCCUGUAGUCGAGAUGCAGAUUGAGUGGUACAAUUGGCAGACAUAUCGUUACGCUGAGUACAGUACUAACCCUGCGACGGGCCGCAGAGAAUAUCAAGGAACAAGGGAGGAGACGGUGAAAGUAGGAAGAAAGCCCCACAGUGAACCUUUUUCGUACACAUCCUGGACAGAUCAAUCUCAGCAAGAAAUUCAGUGUGAGGGACAAAUCCUCAGAGUUAAGAUUUCCCUAGAUGUCUCUAUGGACGCUGUAACCUCCCGUUUUUUCGAAGCACAGAAGUUUGCCCUUGUGGAAAAAACGCAACAUUUGAAUAAAUUUUACGACUUUUCACGAAAAGAUAGUUUACCCGACCUUCAUACAGAUGUCGUUUUAUGCCCUAAUAAGGAUUCUGUGCCUCCCUGGAUGAACGAGAUAUUCUUCUGGGGUGCUACACUGCUUCAGUUAUCUUGGGUUUACAGAUGGUUGUUCAUCUCGCGGACGCGUUCCGUGGAAUAUACCCUCAAGAAGAAGGUCUUCUGCGCUGAUUCUCCGAGCUCAACCAGACUGGCGGGUUUCCAACAGGCUAAUACGGAAAAUUUUUCUGUCAAAACCGGUUUUAUGUCGUCAGAGCAAGAGUCUGCUGCAGUAAACCAACCCUUAAUCAAAUGUGACCACAACAGCUCGCAAAAUUACAUGUCAGUCUAA